GUUUCGAACCGCAUCGUCCCACGAUCCAAACUGACGGCGGAGAUUUCCCAGCGCUUCUGGCAUCUGGGUCGCGAACUACUCCGUCAGAUCCGACACCUUCUCUCCUCACCUCCCCUCCUCUCCUCGUCUCGACGCGCGCGACAGAGACAGGGGAAGAAAGCCCAAAACCCUAGUCCUCGUCGCCGGCGGCGAGAUGGCCGUCAACGAGGAAACAUCCGUCUACGUCGGCGGCCUGCCCUACGACGCCGACGAGGAUAUGCUCCGCAGCUACUUUGGGCCCUGCGGCACCAUCGUCUCCGUCAAGGUGAUAAAUGAUCAGAGAAUCAGGGGCAAGUGUUAUGGGUUUGUUACUUACACUCAACAUAGGGCUGCUCAGCGUGCUAUCUUGGAGAUGGAUGGCAAGCAAAUAGGUAAUCGUGCUGUGAGAGUAAAUGAAGUGCGUACAAGAGGCAACACCCGUGAUUUUGGGCGUGAUGGCUUCCGACGAGAUCCUGUAAGAGAUGGAAGGGAUGUAUACUGGGACCGAAGGGAUAGGGAGAGGAGUUAUGAUCGCCACCGGGAUAGAGAUCCCUACCAUGACAGGGAUAGUGAUAGACCUCGUGACCAUGAUAGAGACAGAUAUGAUGAACGUGGGGGAUUUGACCAUGAAAUGGACUAUUCCAUGGAUCGAGAUCAUGAAGGAGAUGAGAGGCGUGCUAGAGACCUUUAUCGAGGAGACCAUGAUCGUCCAGUGGAGAUGCGUAUGGAUUCCGAUAACGACAGAGACAAGGAAAAUUCAAAAGGCUAUGAUAGUGAAAGAGAUAAAGACGACAAGGAACAGCCACCAAGGAAAAGGUUCAGCCGUCCAAAGGGUCGUGAGAGCAGAGAUAUAUCAAGUUCCAGUGAUGAGCUUCAGAAUGAUGCAAAACAUCAGCUGGACAAGGCCAUUCAGAUGCAUGAGGACCUUGAAAACGAGGUUUCUCAGAUUAGAGAUAAAGUUACAAGCAAAGAUCACCACAUUGCAGAUUUGCAAAAGAAAUCUCAGAAACUAGAGGAUGAAUUGGCUGCUGCGCGGAAAGUUUCUUCAGAGCGACAAUUGACUGUCACAAAGCUGUACAAAAGUUUUCUUCAACUUCAAGACUACAAUGACAGGGCCAAGACCGCAGAAGAGGAUCUCAAGGCUCUGGUUGAUUCUGCGAUGGCUGAGGUGGACAUGGCUGAAGACGCUACAACCAAAGACGGCUCAGGGUAUGAGAACGGCAUGGCCUGAAUCUGAAAGCCGAAAAUGAAAUCACUUCUCACGGUGCUGAUCUCUGAGAAUUACGACUUACUACCAUGUAGAACCGUAACCAGUAAGUAGCUCAUGCAAGUGAAGUCUAGGAAACCAUGUUCCUUCGCACAUUGAUUAGUGCCGCACAGACCUUUUUUGUCUGGCUUGACCGUUUGUAAUGUAAGCUGCCCGUAGUAUAUCAACCAACCAGCGCAAUUCCAUUAUUUAAGCUCU